CCUGGGGUCCGUCUGGGGUUCUCCCGCUACGCGUGGGUCACUGGGCUCUGGGGAGCUGGGAGGGUGCGCGGGCGGCUGGCCCUGGGAAAGCCCGUGGGCUCAUCCUCACCCACAGCCCCACGGCCAGGGCUGGCGUGCAAGUGUGCGGGAGUGGGAACGCAGGGCGCGCGCGGGGGCUCGGCCUCCUCCCGCCGGGUCCGCUCCUCCUGGUGGAACCCCCCUGCCGGGCCCCGGGGCCGAAGCUGGUUUCGGGAAACCGCGCAGCCUGGGCGGGGCUGCAGCCCCCACCCCUGUCUCCGCCGUCCCCGCCCUCCCGCCGCUCCCCUGCUCUGGGUCAGCUCCUGCCGGCUCUGCUCGGCCGCUGGCUCCCCGAGGACGGCAGGCAGUAUGGCCCAAAACAUGGUGACCGUGAAUGGUGUUGCUGUGUCCUCUACGCCAUCCCAGCCCACCCAUAUCAAUAUCCACAUCUACCAGGAAUCAGCUUUGACACAACUGCUAAAAGCCGGAGGUUCUCUGAAGCAGUUUCUUUUUCGUCCUGGCGACACUGUACCUUCCAGAGCCGGGAUAAGUUAUGAGCAGCUGGCUCUAGGGAUAACUCAGAUAUUGCUGGGGCUGGUGAGCUGUGUCCUUGGAGUGUGCUUCUGCUUGGGGCCCUGGACUGUGCUUCGUGCUUCAGGCUGUGCCUUCUGGGCGGGAUCUGCGGCGAUUGCAGCAGGAGCUGGGGCCAUUGUCCAUGAGAAGCGCCGGGGCAAACUUGCUGGCUACGUAUCCAGCCUGCUCACUCUAGCAGGCUUUGCUACAGCUGUGGCGGCCGCUGUUCUCUGCAUGAACAGCUUCCUCUGGCAAACUGAUGACCUUUCCUACAUUGAUACUCUGUGUGAUCUCCCGGACCCUGUCAUCCCUACCUUUGAGUACAGACGGAUGCGACAAACAAGUCAAAACAUGAGUUGGCAGGAGAGAGACUGUAGAUAUCACAUGCAGUUGCUGAGGAGGUUGUUCACAGCAAUCUGUGCCCUGUUCCUGGCCGUCUGUAUCUUGAAGGUCAUUGUGUCCUUGGCUUCCCUGGGAGUGGGUCUUCGAAACUUGUGUGGUCGGAGGAGCCCCCCACCCCUGGAUGACGGAGGAUCAGAGAAGAGGCUAUUGGGGGAGAAUUCAGUGCCCCCCUCUCCCUCUAGGGAGCAGCCGCCCCCUGCCAUGGUCCUGUGAGCCACCAAAGACCCCACCGGGUGCCCCCAUGUCCCUGUCUGGGCCAGCCCAGGGCCCCCACUGUCUGGUCCCUCACAUUGCCUCCUCCGUGGCCAGUGUCCAGCCCCGGCUUUCUUCUCCCCACAGCAUCGGCACCUGCUGCUCCCACUCUGAGGUUCUCAAGUCCAUUAACAGAUAUUGUCGCAUUUUCCCCAAGGCUGAUUAAAUAUAAACAAUCCAGAAAAGCAAUUUUGCCCAGAAA